AUGGCCGGAGACCCAGACGGGGACGCCUCGAGUAGGGACCUUUCCCCAGGCCGAACCGGCUCCCGGGCAGCAUCUUCUUCCGCAAACCAACCCCAAGAAGGCCACCAACGUGGCCAGCCCAUCCCACAGCAGAGCCCCUUGGCGGUACCGGCACAUGAGUCGAAAGAAGCACGAAACGCCACCGAUAGCGUGCCACCUCCGCCGCCAGAGAAUACCAGGGGCACCAAAACGAUCACAUGGGCAAAGGUAGCUGCUCAUGGUGCAGCGGCCAAGGCCUUGUCAGCUGGAGAUACGUCUCAAAGCAACACUCCGUCACGGGCUGCGAAUCCGACAGCUAUGCGACAGUCAUCGCCUCGCCGAGUUGCGCCGCCAGCACCUGCGCAGACCGACGAGAUUCUUGAGCAAGAUACAACAUCCAUGCCACCAUCCCAAGACCCGAGCGUCUCAGGGCGGGGAGGCUCCGGUCCUCGGGACAACGUCACUUCUUCUUCGCCGCAAUCCGACUCCUCGACAACUGAGGCCGACUCAAGAACAAGACACGCAGCAGAACAGGGGCGGCUUCAGGAAAUGAAGAGCUACCUAAGAGAGCUCACGGAAGCAUACGACCUUCCCCCUGCACUCAUGGAGCAUCCGUCAGAUGAAGAAUCCGAGACAAAACUCAAGACCGUCGACGCACUCUUCAAGGACUUUGCUUCGAGGUUGGCCAAGGAGUGCCGUGACAAAGAAAACAAUCUGCAAAGUACGCAGGCCAAACUUGACACGUCAACAUCGGCACAAGCGACGCUCGAAAGGGAGAAGUUUGCCCUGGAAGAGGCCACCAAGACGAAGGACGCCAAGUUGGAAGAGCUCGAAUCCAUCGCCAAACAGGCGCACGAGUCCGACAUCGAAGAUCUCAGAGCCCGAGUCGAGAGCUGCGCGAUUGAGCGAGAUGAGGCGACCUCGGAGCUGAGAGAACUUCGACAGAAGUUGGAAGCAGCUGAGAGCGAACGCAACGAAAAAGAAAUAUCGAUGCAGAAGCUCAACUUCGCGUUGGAGGAAGCCCGGCAGAGCAACCGUCAGGCUGCCCCAUUUGUCGACGUGGAAACGUUGAGAACCACGAUCUCCGAUCUGCACGAGGAGCUGAGAGAUUUGAACAGAGACAAAGCAGACCUAGAGAGGCAGGCUGAAAUGAUGAUAGCAUCUCGAAAACAAAAGGACGACGAAAACACCGCACAGAUGAGGCAUCAAGAUGAAUACCUCCUUAGAAUGCAAGACGAGAACGAGAAGUACAAGAGGCUCAUCGAAGCGCUCCGACAUGAGAAGGAGGAGCAGCUGCGAAAGGCCGCCGAGGCCGAAGCGGAACGACAGCCCGUCACCUUCCGGGUAGACAACGAAAUCAUGCCGCGAGACAAGUACGAAAAGCUUCUCGAUAACGCGAGAGGCGACAUGGAAAAGAUGCGAGAGCAAAUACAACAGGCCGAGGAGGAACGCGACAGGGCUAUAGAGGAUUUUGAAGGGGCUCGAAAGAUGUUCAUGGAGGAGUUCAUGCCCCUUUACGCCCUCGCCGUGGACGAGGCCGCCCACAACAUGUUCAACAUCUGGGAGGCCGAGGAGGCCAGUCUCAAGGCCCUGGUUGGAGAAGGCGAGUACCGCAGAUACCUCCGCGCCGUAGUCGAGCCCGACCGCCAGCCAUCUCAGACAUCAUCAGAAGGGUUCGUCGCGCGAGGGGAGGCGGCCGCCGGCCUCGGGCUGGACGGGUCGCAGGCGUCGGAGCCCACGAGCCCGCCUGUGGGACAGAAUCUCGCAGGCGAGUUCCGUGAACUCGACAGGGAAUCCUCCAUAGCUUCCGAAUGCACUCUGAUGGGCCGGGGAGACGGUUCUGCGGAGCUUGCCCAGUUGCUGGACGAGUGCCAGAUCCGUCGCGAUGAAGCGGAGCGGAGAGUCGAGGAAUUGGAAGGCGAGACGAAGAAGCAUCAGGACGAACUUGAAGCGUUGCAAGACGAGAUUCGGACGCUGACGAAGGCCGCCGAGGUCGUCGAGCCCAGCGUAGACGGUUCGGCUGAGCUGCAGAAGGCGCUAGACAAGUGCCAACUUUGCCGCAAGGAAGCAGACCAGAGACUCCAAGAAUUGGAGGGAGAGACGAAGAAGCAGAAGGACGAAAUUGACGAGCUGCAAGGCGAGAUCCAGAAACUGAAGGAAGCCGCUGAGACCAGCAGAGAAGGUUCUGCCAAGCUUGGCGAGACGCUGAAAGAGUGCCAAAGACAACGCAACGAAGCCGACAUGAGACUCAAAGAACUGGAGGGAGAGACGCAGAAGCAGAAGGACAGAAUCGAAGAGUUACAAGACGAAAUCCACAAACUGAAGGAGGCCGCCGACACCGCCGAGACCAGCAGAGGCUCCGGCGAGGAACCCGACGCAUCAGAGUGCAGGGCUCAGACACCAACGCAAGACGCCGCCAAGCGAGACGAACAGCGACUUCAGGGCGCCUCAGCAGUCGAGCCGGUAGACAUGCAAGCCGACCUUGAGGAACGCCGGGCUCACCGGCAGCAGGCGGACAUGGAGAUUGAGGCGUUGAAAAGAGAGGCGAGGCGACGCUCAAGGGAGCUCAGAAAGGUGAAAGACGAGCUGUCAUUGCAACAAAGGAUUGACGAGCUUCUCAAGGAAAGGCUUCAAGCAGUCCAGGCAAAGGCCAGCAAAGUGGGAGCAAAAGUCAAAUGGGCCGAAACAAGAGUCAUACUGCAGGGAGAAGGCGCAGGCGAUGAGGGGGCGAUUUCCAGCUCUACCAACGACUCGCAAGGCUAUCUGAAGCUCGUUUCCACAUUGUCGCAACGCGUCGAAGAAGCCGAAAGUCAGUUUGGCAGAACACACCAACAGCUGGCAGAUGUCCGGACCACGGCCACCAUUCUUCAAGCGAUCAUCGAGCAGCUUGAAUCACAACGAAGCCAGCUGGAGCAAGAGAGGCGGCAGCUCUGGGAGGACUUGAAGGCCCGUCGGCACUCAGGAGAGGGGAUCGGACAAGCAAGCGCCGCUUUGGAAGAGGGGCUCGAGAACAACGAAGAGCUAGGAGAGAUGGACGGCGACAUGGAGGAGAUGAACGAAGUGAUCCGGAAAACAAAAGAGGAGCUCGAGAAGAAGAACGAAGAGUUCCAGGAGAAGAGAAAAGCACUCGACGACUGCCGCGCCCACGACAAGGAACUCAUGGCGGAGCUUGCCGCAUUGAGGGAACGCCGGGAUGGCGAAAGCGAUGGUGACGACAGCCAGGACGAAGACCUCCACAAAGAAAUCGACAGGCUCGAGGAGAAGGUUGCCGACCUGCAGCGGCAACUGAGCGCGGCCAAGUACAGCGCCAGCAAAGAAGCGGCAAGGCGCCGCGAGGUAGAAUACCGCGGGGUCUGGGAAGGCACCCGCGCGGCCGCGCUGAGGUCCAAACAGACCGAGCUGGACAACUUGAAGAAGGAAUACGACGAUGCCAUGGAGACUUUUAGGUGGGAGGCUGAGGAUAUCACGACGCGUCUCGAUAACCGCAUGGACGAGCUGAAACGCUUCAGACUCUGGCACCAACAUACCGUCAACGAACUCGAGGCCCGGCUCAGAACGGCGGAAGAAGAGGGUCGCGGCCACGCGUCCGAAUUAGCGAGGAUCAAGCUCGAGCACACAAAGGCUAUGGACGAACUCAAGGCCCAGCUCGGCGCUUCGGAUACGAUGGUGGCAUCGCUCCAGGAUCAGCUGUACGACGUCCCGCACACUGAGGCGCUCCUAAGGAUGAGACCCUGCGAUGCAGUCACGCAGACAGCCGGGGGGCCAUACGCCGAGGACAUGACGCCGGUGGCCCAAGUGCCCCAUGGCCCGACGGGGGCAUACUUGAAGGCAUAUUUCACGUUCAAGCAAAGCAUAGAAUCGGGUCUGCGCUUGCAGGACACCGCGACCGCGUUGCAGGACUAUCAGCUUCGUAUCGUCGAGAAACUAGACCAGGAGCUUGCUCGCCGCAUCAGCCUUUCGCGGAUCGCAAGGGCCUCGGAAACCCCGACGCCCAACCGCCCCGAGACGCCCGACAGCUCGACGGAUGACGCGUCGCAUUCAUCUCCUCCAGGCGAUCAGGUGCCCGAUUCGCCCACCACCGAGUCCUCCUCCGACGAGGAGGAUGAGCGCGCCGCGACCUUGCGCGGCAUCAGGGAGACGUGCGAGGAGUUUGAGGUGCUGAGACGGCGGAAGCAGCGGUCCCGGGACGACGAGGUUUCCGCCAUCCAACUGGUAUGCGCACUCGAGGCCGAGAUCGAGGCCCUCAAAAAGAGGCUCAACGAAGCGGACGAUGCCGACGAGAAGACGGCCGAGCCGGACAACAACGGCGGUGAGGAACCCAGCGAUGAGGAAUCCGACAACGGCGAAAAAGACGCAAAGGACCCCGCCGCAAUCCGCAGGCGGAUCGCCAGGCUCAGGAAGAAGGUCAGCAAGACACAGACGAACCUGCAGAAGGACGAAGAGGCCCUCCGGAGUGCCAUCGACGAGCACGAGGAGGACUUGGCCGAGUGGAUCGACAACCUAGACGACCUCGAUGACGACCCUGAGCGGACCCUCUACCGCUACCUUGCAAACGGGGCAUGGCAGACGGCAAAAGCCGGCUACUGGAAGGGAUCGACUUGGGUACGCCCGCUGCCGCUGCCGUCUAUGAAGGUGAUCAAGGCGCUAUUGGGAGGGCCUGGCGGCGGCAAUCCUGACGACGACCGCGAUACCGGCGACGGCGAGGGCUCCGUCGGCUCCGACAGCACCAUCGGGGGCGGACGGCGGUGCGCCUGUCCCUGCGUCGGGCUCUGCGACGCCUCGGAGAACCCCACCUUCGACGGCCUCCCCACCGGCGCCCAGGACGUCGUCCGGAACGUGAGGAGGGUGUACAGGAAGUACCACUCGUGCUGCGGGAAGGGCGGCGGCGGGGCCGGCGCCAGCAGCGAGACGGCGGCGGGAGAGCCGGGCGACGAGGACGAGGACGACGGGCUCCUGCUCUGGCGGCUGCUGGGGGUCAUGCGGGGCGACGCGGACAUCCGGGAGCAGAUGCGGAACGAGGGGCGGCACUACGCGGCGCGGCUGGGGCUCGCGUUCUGGGCUUGCGCGCGGGUGCACCUGCUGUCGUGGGAGCAGACGGCGGCGUGCGGGCUGCGCGGGCUGGCGUACUACGCGGCCUUCUUCCUGCCGGAGGGGCGGUGGAAGCCCGGGCCGCCGGGGCCGGCGCCGCCGCCGCAGCGGGUGGCCACGGUGGUCAAGGACGCGGGGAUGCUGUGCCUGCUGUACUACACGUACCAGGUGCUGGCGGCGACGUGGGCGGUGCAGCGGGUCUGGGAGAUGGCCAACGGGUACACGCGGGCGUACUUUGUCGAGCGCGCGCUGCACCCGGAGCGGUCGACGUGGCUCGGGCUCGGCGGGGUGGACAUGCGGCUGCGCGGGACGGCUCCGUACAGCGCGGCCAGAGUCUUCAGACACCCGGCCGUAUCAGCCCACGCCCGUCGCGCCCUCAACCCCUCCUCGGCCCUCCACCGCAGAGCCUUCACGGCCAGCCACAACCCGUCGUCGCAGGCUCACUCUCGGGGCCAGGAAUCGACGGCCGGAGCCUCCUCCUCGUCCUCUCACUCAGACGCAAACACCAACAACGCCUGCCAGACCCCUAACCAGGGCCAGCACGCCACCCUCGACUCUCCCGACCAGCAGCAGCAGCAGCAACCCUCCCGGCCUCACUCCCACAAUCCAAAGGACCGGUUCGCGCCCCCGCCCGGCACCAUGUCGCAGAAGCUCAUCCCCCAGAACCCGGCUGACGUCAUGGUCAUCCGCGACCUCACCCCCAACAUCACCACCUUCUCCGUCCCCUUCUCCCGCUUCGGCGCCGUCAAGAUCGGCGGCCGCGGCACCCUCGUCCGCCUGACCUCGGGCCGCCUCGCCAUCUUCUCCCCCGUCGCCCUCACCGACGACGUCCGCGCCAAGAUCGCCGACAAGGGCGGCGACCUCGCCUACAUCGUCGCCCCCGACGCCGAGCACCACAUCUUCCUCUCCGAGUACAAGGCCGCCUUCCCCGCCGCCAAGCUCGUCGGCCCCGACGGCCUGCCCCAGAAGCGCGCCAAGCAGACGGGCGACCCCAAGAUCGACCCGGCCGACGAGUUCGCCGUCGUCUUCAAGCCCGCCGACAAGCCCGCCGUCGGCCCCGACUUCGACGCCGACUUCGAGUGCGAGUACGUCGACUCCCAUCCCAACAAGGAGAUCGCCUUCUUCUACCGGCCCGACCGCCUCCUGAUCCAGGCCGACCUCCUCUUCAACCUGCCCCCCACCGAACAGUACUCCCGCGUCCCCGAGGCCGAGAGGGACACCUCCUCCGGCCUCGCCAACCGCCUCUUUGGCGGCAUGCAGACCACCCAGGGCGACCUCAGGUGGACCAGGCGCUUCCAGUGGUACGUCAUCAGCAGCAAGGACCGCGCCGCCUUCAACGAGAGCAUCCGCCGCAUCGACGCCUGGGACUUUGACACCAUCGUCCCCUGCCACGGCGACGUCAUCCAGGGCGACGGCAAGGAGAGGUUCAGGAACGUCUUUGAGUGGCACUUGGCCGGUCACAAGAAGUAG